AUGAAGUCUGCCAUUGAUCUUGCUAUCGAGGAACUUGCUGUUGAUCCCCGGGACCACUUCUGGCACCAAAAUGACUGGAUCUCGUCGCGCUCUAUUGUCCAGAACCUUUUUGGAAACCUGGAUACCAUCUUCGAGCUUCUUGGAGGGCAGAUUGGAGAAGAUCAACCACCCGCCAAUCCUUUCCAUCCUGAACCACCCAUUAUCCUCGUUACCAAGCGAAUCAAUUGCUGCAAAUGUAAUCAAGAUACACGCCAGUCUCUUCGCCGCCACGAGAAACCUCAAAAAGUCUGGGUGCUCAGCGCCGAACUAGUGUGGAAGCAAGCCCAUCUUUUUAUUGCCCACUGUCCGCGUUGUCGAUCCGAUUAUUAUCCCGACAGGGUAACGUUCCAGGACUUGAACGGAGUCCGGGUUCAGCAGCUCGAGAUUGAAGCAGACUAUCUUCGAAUCUCAAAGCAUGGAGUUUGGGCAAACCGAAGGGUGGCUUAUGCCCAGGAGAAAGCAGUUCUGCGGUUUCAUGCAGGAUGGUCCAACUUUGCGGAUUGGGUCAAUGAUACGGUCCUCCAUCGCAGCAAGAAGUUGACCCUCCGGCAAUCGAAACGAUUAUUCAUCGAACACUUCUCUCGACGGCUUCUGGUUCUCCACGGCAAAGCACAGGCCUUUGAAUGCGGUGCAAAUAUCAGUGUCGACGAUUUGGCCUCAGAAGUCCGUGAUUUGGUGGGUGCCAAUGGCGGCUCCAUUGAUUCCACUUUCGAGCACAGCUGUCGAAAUUGUACGCACGCCAAACGGUACCCAAGUGACCUACAAAAUGCUGGAUGGGAGAUAGGGCUAAACGACGGACAAGCUCCUGAGGGCAGAGCUACAGGGGUUGCUGAGUUGGAUCAAGUUGGGGACCUCGAACAAGAACCAAUCCAGAAACUGAUGCAGGUGGUGAACCAAUCCCAGGACGAAUCAAGGAACAACUUACCAGCAGACAUGCCUCGUCGUCCUUUGCAGCAGCCGGAGCCUCUUCCGGGAGCCCCUCGUGGCUAUGUACGGCUUGCAGUAAUGGAUGGGAAGAUGAUUGGUCACCGCAUUUGCGCAAUGGACGAGUGUCAAAACCCGCUGGUCAACUACCGGAAUGGACGUUUCUGUCGGGAUCAUGCACAGCUCAACAACAUCUGUGGAAUCAUACCGUGUGGUGCUCCUGUUGCCAGGCAAGGUUCUGUCACUUGCGCUCGUCCCGAGCAUGUACAAUGGUAUAAGCAGUACCAGUCCCGUUUCCAGCGUUUGUCGUUUCCCGGUGUCCAAAGGGUCAUGCGACGGCAGAGCGAGAUUCGUUCCGGUCGCAGCCAGGAAGGCGGUGGGAUGCAUGUAAAUCUCGACAUUGCCGGAGCACUCCCUGCAUUGGACGGUAUCCCAGGUGAUGAAGUCACCCAUACGUUCAGAGCGCGGUCGGUUUACUGCAUACAGACCGUACAAUGGGCGUGUGGUAUGCCGAUUGGGUGGGGAAAGUGCUAUAGGUCAGAGAGCUCGCCCCAGGUUCUAUCCAUCCUUGACGCAUUAUGGGCGGGCAAGGAUGACAAACGACCGAGCUUUCUCGCGUACGAUAACGCCUGCGACCUCUUACGCCAUAUCGUCACUCAAAACCCGCAAAAUUCCUGGUUAACCACGACAAAAUUCAUCGUCGAUGCGUGGCAUUACAUAGGCCACCGUGCAACGGAUGCUCUCUGUCGCCUUUGGUGCAAUCCAGCACCAUUGGACGGAUCCCAACCCGAUCUGAUUCUCAUCCAGGAGGAUGAUCAGGGCCAGAUGCAUGCAACUCGUGCAUUCAACACAGAAACCGCCGAGCAGCUCAACUCGUGGCUCAACCGAUACGAGCCCCAGCUUCGACAAAUGUCAGACGUCACCUUUGAUUUCUUCGUUCACGUUCUCAUGCUGCUCUAUAAGGAGUCGGUGGAGGAACGUAUCGAACGGAAGGGGGAAAGCUUACCCAACGACUUUUGGGACACUGUUAUUUAG